AUGUCGGCGAGUUCGGCCCUGAAGUCGAUUCGGGGUAAAAUAGCGAAGAGUCACUAUCAAGAGGCUGUCGACGAGGCCGGACAGUUACUGGCCCAUGAUCCCCAAAACCACUCGGCUUUGCUUUUUCUAGGCUUCGCCCAUGAGAAACUGGACAAUCUUGACGCCGCAGAAUCGAGCCUAGCAUCAGCAGCCAAGCUCAAGCCAGGGGAUGUGAAUGCCUACAAGGGUCUCAUCAACAUCUACGAAAAACAAAAUGGUGCCAAGCUCACCCAGUACCACAACACCACUCUCCUCCUCGCUGAAAUCUAUGCCGAUCAAGACGACAGAGAGCAAUGUCAGACCGUUGUGGAUAGGUAUGAGACAUUUGCGAAGAAACAUGGUACCCCAGAGCAAUACCGCCACGCUUUGGAACUAAUCCUCCCUUCCUCGCCACUCUACGCUACUCUUGAAGGACGUGUGCUGAAGCCAUCACUUGCUUACCAAAGAAUUCUGGAGUCGGCGGAGACAGAAGAGAAGCAUUGGACCAAGUCUCAGAUUGCCGAGCGCAGAACGAGGCUAGGAGCGAGGAUUGAUAAGGUCACGGCCGAAGUCAACCUUGAAGCAGCUGCCAAAUUCCAGAUCGAGGAUAAGUACACUGCUUUGAUUGACUGGAUUCAAGACGAUGAAUUGCGGCAUGAGCUUGAGCAGAAACGCUUUGAUCGUAUGUACGACAAUCUUCUCGUUCUGCCACCCUCGGAGAAACCUGCACAGAGAGACAAAGUCCUCAACGCAGCAAACGGAAUUGUUAUCAUCAAGCAACAGUUUCCCGCAGCAUGGAAGGUUGCUCUGGAGUGGGUCGACGCAGAAGACCUCUAUGACUGGGAUCCUAAACUAUUUCGAGAGUACAUAGGCUACUUUCCCGAGGACGGUCUAUCUAAAGUCCUGCGUGGCUUCCUCGGCGGUGAAGCUUCUCCAUUUCCCAGGGAAGAAGAAGCCGAGCAAACCGAAGAUUAUCCUACGCCAAAACUAUCUGAGGCGGAGUCACUCAUCUUGAUGAAUGAAGGCUUGGAAGACUGUGCCGACUCGCCUUUGGCACACCGUAUUGUCGCUCAUGCCUACUCAUACCUCGAAGAAUGGCGGGAGGCUGUCCAGUAUGCCGAGAAGGCUUACAGCCUGCAUCUUGAGGCGCAGAAGAAGUUUGCGGUCUCCCUUCAGAAUAGUAUUGAUGGUGUCAAUCUUACACUGGCCACCUCCCUGAUCUACUACCAGUCGCCUCGCCACCAUCAGCGAUCCAGAUCUCUAUUUGAAGCAAUAUUAGCCCGCAAGUCCAAGCUGACCGCUGCUUUACUUGGCGUCGGUCUAAUAUAUGAGGAAGAUGACGACUUCUCCAAGGCGAUUGGGUAUCUGCAACCAGCUUCCGAGCGGGAUCCGGAUAACCUACGCAUCCGUUGCGAGCUUGCCUGGUGCCGGGCUAGGGCAGGAGACCUGGGAACAGGUCUUGACCAAUUGACAGAAAUUGACCAGGUACUGCAGGGUGAGCAGCCUGUCAACACGAAGAUGAGAGCCGAGGUGUUGUAUCGCAUCGCUUAUUGCAAGUGGCACUUGAACCCGUCUGCGAAGGCCAGAAAAGACAAAGACGGUGCGUACGGCGAUCUUAUGGCCAGCGUCAAAGCCAAUGCCAGCUACGCUCCUGCUUGGGCUCUCCUCGGCACUUUUUUCCAGAGAUACACUAGAAAGAGAGACAAAGCACGCAAAGCCCUACGUACCGCAUUCGAGCUAUCUUCCGCGGAACUUGAAGCGGCGGAGGCCCUUGCCAAAGACUAUGCUGAGUCCGGCGAGUGGGACUUUGUCGAAUUGGUUGCGCAAAGAGUGGCUCGUUCUGAUGCUGCCAAGGUCUGGCCCGGUUCCAGAAAGAAGGCGCCUAGCUGGCCUCAUGCAGCGAUGGGCGUCGUCAAUAUCAACAAGCAGCAAUAUUCGCAGAGCAUCGUGUGCUUUCAAUCGGCUUUGCGCAUCAACCCGUCGGAGUACCACUCUUGGGUUGGCCUCGGCGAGAGCUAUCUUGACUCAGGGCGGUACGUGUCCGCGGCGAGGGCAUUCGCGAAAGCCGAAAGUAUCGACCACGGUCUUUCAGAAGAGCAGACCUGGUUCGCCAAAUACAUGCUCGCCAACGUCCAGAAGGAGAUGGGUGUGUUUGACGAAGCUAUUGAGUCUUAUGAAUCAACUCUCAAGGUUAAGAUCGAUGAACUUGGUAUGCUCAUCGCAUUGCUUCAAACGUUUGCGGACAAUGCUUGGGCCAAAAUUGGCCAGGGUCGUUACGGUGCAGCCGAGAAACUUGCAACAAGGGCCAUCGAUACCGCUCUACACAUCGUUGAACAGCGCAAAGACGUUUUCAACCUUUGGAAGUCUGUUGGGGAUGCCUGUUCAGCUCUUGCCCACGUCAAGAAUCACUCAAAUUUCUCAAAUAUUGCCAAGAUCAACAGACUCCUUCGCUUCAAGGCUGGCGAACAUGAGCUUGAAACCUUUGCCGAACAUGACGGCUUCAGCAUCGAUACGACACAGAGCCAAGAAGGAGCGACAGUUGACAACCUCGCUGAUCAAUUCCUUGCGGCGGCAGUCCUUGCUCACAAGCGUGGCAUCUUUGUCGCAUCGCUUGAUAUUCAUGCACAGGCUGUGUCAUGGUACAACUUGGGAUGGGCCGAGUAUCGUGCUUACAACUCCGCCGGUAUGUCGCUGCAAAACAAAGGAAAUAAGCCGAAGCGGCUUCUCAAAGCCGCCAUGCGAUGUUUCAAACAUGCAAUCGAGCUUGAGGCGAGCAAUGCCGAUUUCUGGAACGCUUUGGGUGUGGUGACGCUAACGUUGAGCCCGAAAGUCUCCCAACAUUCGUUCGUACGCAGUAUACACCUGAACGAGUUCAGCGCCCGCGCAUGGACAAACCUUGGCGUUUUGUAUCUCGUACAAAAUGACAGCCAGCUUGCAAAUGAAGCCUUCACGAGGGCUCAGUCCGCAGAUCCAGAGUAUGCUGAAGCCUGGCUUGGCCAAGGCCUGGUGGCUACUUUGACCGGCAACACAACCGAGGCACGAUCGUUGUUCACGCACGCUUUCGAGAUUUCGGACGCGAGUCUUCUGCCGGCACGACAUCUAUACUCUGCAUCGGUAUUUGACCACAUCGCUGGAGACCUGAGGCAGUCCGACAAUCUUGUCAGUCUCCUCAAUCCUCUGUUAGCGGUUCGCCAACUGCAUGUCUUGUCACCCGCAAACGUGGCUGCCUCACAUCUGAUGGGACUUUACGCUGAACGUGUUGGAGACUUCGACUCAGCAGUCCUCGUCCUGGAAGAGGUCUGCAAGGUGUUGGAAGAGGGGUAUGAAAAAUCAGAAUCCGACGAGCACUUAGCGCGGUUUGCUCAGGCGAAGGCGGAUCUUGCGCGUGCGUACCUGGGAAAGCUUGACUUCGAAAAUGCUGUGGAUGCAGCAAAUGUCGUGCUUGACCUCUCAGCUGAAGACAACAUGAGUCCUGCUUACAGAGAUGUUCGCACAAAGAUGAGAUUGUCGGCGCACAUGACCGCUGGGCUAGCUCAUAGCCACCAGAAAUCUGUGGAAGAAGCAAUCGAGAUGUUUCAAACGGCUCUUCAAGAAUCUCCUGGUGAUCCUGACAUCAUCUGCUUGCUUGCACAAGUUCUGUGGGCAAAAGGGGGCGAGGAAGAAAAGGAGAUUGCGAGAUCCAAUCUCUUCGAUCUGGUGGAGGCGCGCCCGGACCACGUACAGGCCGUAUGCUUGUUGGCCGUCAUUGGUCUUGCCGAUAGUAACGAGGACAUUAUUGAUGCUGUAACAGAAGCUUUGGAGGAUUUGGAGAAGAACAGCGCCGUCUCGGACGUCGACAAGCUUCGUGUUAGCCAGGUGCUGGCGGGUAUACGAGCCAAGCAGCCAGCAGAGUCGCAAGAAAAGGUUCGGCAGGCGACUGCGAGUAUUGCACUUGCCCCCGGGCAGCCUCAAGGAUGGCUCGCCCUGUUUGAAGCCACUGGCAAUGAGACAGCUGCCGAGUUGGCGAAGGGCAAUGUCGAACGUCAGAUUCCGCCGAAGGGGAGUCUGGAGGCCGCAGAUGUCGCUUCGGUAUUUGCUGGGAUCGGAAGCGCGGAGGAAAUCCAACUGGCGAAGGUGUUGGCCCCCUGGAAAAUUCGAGACGUGGAGAGUGUGCCACUUCUCGAAGCCUUGUAA